CCGGACUGUUCAGGGCCAGCAGGCGCACUGGAUGCUGGGACUUGCGGUUUUUGCUCCUACACCUCCCCGCGGGUUUGCGACGUUUAGUGACCAUCGCGCCUGCGCCAGCGCCGGCUGAGAAGCUGGGGCCGUGGCGGCUUGUGCCGGGUGAUGCUAGGCGGCUCCCUGGGUUCCAGGCUCUUGCGAGGUGUGGGUGGGACUCGAGGGGCGUUCGGGGCGUGGGGUGUCCGUGAAGCUGGCGCAGCCAUGGCGGCGGGGGAGAGCAUGGCUCAGCGGAUGGUCUGGGUAGACCUGGAGAUGACAGGAUUGGACAUUGAGAAGGACCAGAUUAUUGAGAUGGCCUGUCUGAUAACUGACUCUGAUCUCAACAUUUUGGCUGAAGGUCCUAACCUGAUUAUAAAACAGCCAGAUGAGUUACUGGACAGCAUGUCAGAUUGGUGUAAGGAGCAUCAUGGGAAGUCCGGUCUAACCAAAGCAGUGAAGGAGAGUACAAUGACACUGCAGCAGGCAGAGUAUGAAUUUCUGUCCUUUGUACGACAGCAGACUCCUCCGGGGCUCUGUCCACUUGCAGGAAAUUCAGUUCAUGCAGAUAAGAAGUUUCUUGACAAAUACAUGCCCCAGUUCAUGAAACAUCUUCAUUAUAGAAUAAUUGAUGUGAGCACUGUUAAAGAGCUGUGCAGACGCUGGUAUCCAGAAGAAUAUGAAUUUGCACCAAAGAAGGCUGCUUCUCACAGGGCACUUGAUGACAUUAGUGAAAGCAUCAAAGAACUUCAGUUUUACCGAAAUAACAUCUUCAAGAAAAAAACAGAUGAGAAGAAGAGGAAAAUUAUAGAAAAUGGGGAAAAUGAGAAGACUGUGAGUUGAUAUGCCAGUUCUCAUGCUGCCACCACGUAGUUCUCUGGAAGGACCUCUGGUGGUUUUUCUUUUUCUUCCCCUGGGCUCACGCUGACUGCUUUGGCAGAGCACCUUCCUUCAGUGCACUUGCAUCUCCCGAUUAUUCAAGCACAGAGCACCUGGAAAUUAUUUUUCUCCUAACAUGCUGUUUUCAUUUAUGACACAGCAGCUCCUUUGUAAGUACCAGGUCACAUCCAUCCCUUGGUACAUAUCUGUAUUUGCUUUUAGACCAUUUCUUUUGUUUAAAAAAAUAAUAAUAAUAAAGCUAGUUCUAUUGAAAUGCAA